AUGUCCGCUAUCCUCCUUCGCAACCACCUCACGCGCCAUCACGACUCUUUCCUCACGCCACUCCUCUCCCCAGCCGCUCGCUCCUCCCUCCACUUUGUCCUCCUCUCCUCGCUCCAACAAGAGCCCAUCAAAUCCAUCCCUAAGAAGCUCUGCGACACCAUCUCCGAACUCACCGCCACAAUUCUCCCCGAUGACCCCUCCGCCUGCGACGUGGCAUUGUGCACUAAAACACAAUGUCCAAUCGGCCCCCUCGUUAUGCGUCUCUACUUCCUCCGUGGCGGGAACCGUGUUUGGCUUUCCAACUUCCUCGAAACAGCCGGCUUCCCCUUCAUGCUACUCCCCCUCGCCGUCUCUUACUUCCGUCGGCGCGCAGCGGCGGGGACCGCUAAACCCAAUCCGGUCUCCAUGAAACCCCCUAUCCUCGCGGCCUCCGUCUUCAUCGGAGUCCUCACCGGCCUCGACGACUAUCUCUACGCCUACGACGUGGCGCGCCUCCCCGUGUCCACGUCAUCACUCAUCAUCGCCACACAACUCGGCUUCACCGCCCUGUUCGCGUUCCUGCUGGUGCGCCAGAAGUUCACCUCGUACUUCGUGAACGCAGUAGUUUUGCUUACCGUUGGCGUCGGCGUUCUGGCGCUCCACAGCAGCGGAGACCGCCCCCCCGGCAAGUCCGUGAAGGCCUACGUGAUGGGGUUCGUGAUGACAGUAAUCGCUGCAGCAUUGUAUGGCUUCGUGUUACCCAUGGUGGAGUUGUUGUACAAAAAAACCAAACAACCCAUUACCUAUUCCCUUGUCAUGGAGAUUCAGUUCGUGAUGUGCUUCUCCGCCACUCUCUUUUGCCUCAUCGGCAUGAUCAUUAACAACGACUUUAAGGUGAUUCCGCGAGAAGCUAAAACAUUCAAGCAAUGCCACGUCGCUAAAUGA